UCUUUAACACCGCCCAGCGCACAUGUCGGGGGAGGCCUGGCAGCUGCAGCUGGGAGCGCACAGACGGCUGCCCCGCCUGAGCGAGGCGGGCGCCGCCGCGAUGCUGCGAGGCGGACGGCGCGGGCAGCUUGGCUGGCACAGCUGGGCUGCGGGGCCGGGCAGCUUGCUGGCUUGGCUGAUACUGGCAUCUGCGGGCGCCGCACCCUGCCCCGAUGCCUGCUGCCCCCACGGCUCCUCGGGACUGCGAUGCACCCGGGAUGGGGCCCUGGAUAGCCUCCACCACCUGCCCGGCGCAGAGAACCUGACUGAGCUCUACAUCGAGAACCAGCAGCAUCUGCAGCAUCUGGAGCUCCGUGAUCUGAGGGGCCUGGGGGAGCUGAGAAACCUCACCAUCGUGAAGAGUGGUCUCCGUUUCGUGGCGCCAGAUGCCUUCCAUUUCACUCCUCGGCUCAGUCGCCUGAAUCUCUCCUUCAACGCUCUGGAGUCUCUCUCCUGGAAAACUGUGCAGGGCCUCUCCUUACAGGAACUGGUCCUGUCGGGGAACCCUCUGCACUGUUCUUGUGCCCUGCGCUGGCUACAGCGCUGGGAGGAGGAGGGACUGGGCGGAGUGCCUGAACAGAAGCUGCAGUGUCAUGGGCAAGGGCCCCUGGCCCACAUGCCCAAUGCCAGCUGUGGUGUGCCCACGCUGAAGGUCCAGGUGCCCAAUGCCUCGGUGGAUGUGGGGGACGACGUGCUGCUGCGGUGCCAGGUGGAGGGGCGGGGUCUGGAGCAGGCCGACUGGAUCCUCACAGAGCUGGAGCAGUCAGCCACAGUGAUGAAAUCUGGGGGUCUGCCAUCCCUGGGGCUGACCCUGGCCAAUGUCACCAGUGACCUCAACAGGAAGAACGUGACGUGCUGGGCAGAGAACGAUGUGGGCCGGGCAGAGGUCUCUGUUCAGGUCAACGUCUCCUUCCCGGCCAGUGUGCAGCUGCACACGGCGGUGGAGAUGCACCACUGGUGCAUCCCCUUCUCUGUGGAUGGGCAGCCGGCACCAUCUCUGCGUUGGCUCUUCAAUGGCUCCGUGCUCAAUGAGACCAGCUUCAUCUUCACUGAGUUCCUGGAGCCGGCAGCCAAUGAGACCGUGCGGCACGGGUGUCUGCGCCUCAACCAGCCCACCCACGUCAACAACGGCAACUACACGCUGCUGGCUGCCAACCCCUUCGGCCAGGCCUCCGCCUCCAUCAUGGCUGCCUUCAUGGACAACCCUUUCGAGUUCAACCCCGAGGACCCCAUCCCUGACACUAACAGCACAUCUGGAGACCCGGUGGAGAAGAAGGACGAAACACCUUUUGGGGUCUCGGUGGCUGUGGGCCUGGCCGUCUUUGCCUGCCUCUUCCUUUCUACGCUGCUCCUUGUGCUCAACAAAUGUGGACGGAGAAACAAGUUUGGGAUCAACCGCCCGGCUGUGCUGGCUCCAGAGGAUGGGCUGGCCAUGUCCCUGCAUUUCAUGACAUUGGGUGGCAGCUCCCUGUCUCCCACCGAGGGCAAAGGCUCUGGGCUCCAAGGCCACAUCAUCGAGAACCCACAAUACUUCAGUGAUGCCUGUGUUCACCACAUCAAGCGCCGGGACAUCGUGCUCAAGUGGGAGCUGGGGGAGGGCGCCUUUGGGAAGGUCUUCCUUGCUGAGUGCCACAACCUCCUGCCUGAGCAGGACAAGAUGCUGGUGGCUGUCAAGGCACUGAAGGAGGUGUCCGAGAGUGCUCGGCAGGACUUCCAGCGUGAGGCUGAGCUGCUCACCAUGCUGCAGCACCAGCACAUUGUGCGCUUCUUCGGCGUCUGCACCGAGGGCCGCCCCCUGCUCAUGGUCUUUGAGUAUAUGCGGCAUGGGGACCUCAACCGCUUCCUCCGAUCCCAUGGGCCUGAUGCCAAGCUGCUGGCUGGUGGGGAGGAUGUGGCUCCAGGCCCCCUGGGUCUGGGGCAGCUGCUGGCCGUGGCUAGCCAGGUUGCUGCGGGGAUGGUGUACCUGGCGGGUCUGCAUUUUGUGCACCGGGACCUGGCCACACGCAACUGUCUAGUGGGCCAGGGACUGGUGGUCAAGAUUGGUGAUUUUGGCAUGAGCAGGGAUAUCUACAGCACCGACUAUUACCGUGUGGGAGGCCGCACCAUGCUGCCCAUUCGCUGGAUGCCGCCCGAGAGCAUCCUGUACCGUAAGUUCACCACCGAGAGCGACGUGUGGAGCUUCGGCGUGGUGCUCUGGGAGAUCUUCACCUACGGCAAGCAGCCCUGGUACCAGCUCUCCAACACGGAGGCAAUCGACUGCAUCACGCAGGGACGUGAGUUGGAGCGGCCACGUGCCUGCCCACCAGAGGUCUACGCCAUCAUGCGGGGCUGCUGGCAGCGGGAGCCCCAGCAACGCCACAGCAUCAAGGAUGUGCACGCCCGGCUGCAAGCCCUGGCCCAGGCACCUCCUGUCUACCUGGAUGUCCUGGGCUAGGGGGCCGGCCCAGGGGCUGGGAGUGGUUAGCUGGAAUACUGGGGCCUGCCCUCAGCAUCCCCCAUAGCUCCCAGCAGCCCCAGGGUGAUCUCAAAGUAUCUAAUUCACCCUCAGCAUGUGGGAGGGGACAGGUAGGGGCUGGGAGUAGAGGAUGUUCCUGCUUCUCUAGGCAAGGUCCCGUCAUAGCAAUUAUAUUUAUUAUCCCUUG